CAAACUGCAUGAUUAUUUUAAAAUAUCAGGAAACAACCAGGAGUGUUAACUAGGCAGUAUUUUAUUACAAAAAUGUCCAAAAUAGGCUUCACUGUUAUAUGUUUCCUGGCCAUUAUACAUUUACCUUCAUGUAUUGGAAAUGCAGAUUCAACCUUCACCUACAUAUGGGAAAGAUUUGAGGAAAUAGACAAAAGAGAAAAAGAGCAAUCAAAGACCAUUAUUGGACUAGAAAAACAGAUUCUAGACCUUCAGACACAAGUCAAUGCUCACACAAAGACUCUAGCAAAUCAAGAUAAAGUUAUACGUACACUCAACAAAUAUUUGGAGCUUCAAAACACAACAAUUACUGACUGCAAAAAUGAGAUUCAGUACCUUCAAUUGAAAGGACAGAAAAUGGAAAUAAGAUUAGAAGAGACAGAGAAACAGUUUGAAGAAGGUUUUGAUGCAGCAGACGACACUAAUGUAGCAACUGAGCCAGAUGAUGACAUGGUCAAAAACAGAAAGCUCAGCUCUUCAAAUACAAAACAAGCAAUCUCUGAUAAAGUUAUACAUUCCAAAGAAGUUGCUAAGGCAGAUGGAAAGCACAAUGUUCAAAGAUUUGUGGGAAAUGUUCAAAAUGGACCAAUUGCAUUCCAGUCACACCUGACACGAGGAGUAAACUAUUUUAAUGGUUCCUUCAUAAAUACAUUAAAUUUUGGAGGUGUGGAACUAAAUCUAGGUGGAGGCUACCAGAGUGGACAUUUUACUGCUCCUAGAUCGGGAAUAUACAUCUUUUCCUUAACAGUUACAACAUUUCCUGAUACAAAAGCCCCAAUCAUUGCUGCCAUUGAGAAAAAUGGACACAUUCUUGCAAAAGCAACUAGCUACAGUAGUGUGAAUUAUCACCCAGGUUCUGUUACUAUAGUAGUAGAGUUAAAUGUUGGUGAUGAUAUCAAGGUGAUCAAUCAAGAGACUGAUCCCUUUUCAUUAUUGGGAGACCAUUUCACCAAUUUCAUGGGUAUUCUUGUCGUUGAAACAUGAUGAAAAUUAUAACAACUUGUUACAAAAUAUCUGACUAAAAACUUUGAGAAAUAAUGAAGAUUUAUUAAAAAUUUGAAU